UUAUACUGGUCACACUGCAAAAGUCAGGAAAAUUUUGUGAAUGUGAUCCAAGGUGCAUAAAAACGACAAAGCGAAGCAAUUGUAAGUUUUCAAGUGCUUAAAGUCUUAGAAUUUAGCUGCAUAGCUGCUUGAUUUGUCUCGCAAUAACCGGAUACUAGAUGGACACCUAGGUCCCCCUUGAGAGUUGUCAGAUUCGUAAAGUAAAUCCCUUUUGCAAGUGUAAUAGCAAAAUGAGUGCCGUCGCCAGCAGAGAUCCACCAGCCAUUGGCAGCUUGGCCCUCGGCCGGAGCCAGACGAUCUGCCGAUAUUACGUGCGCGGUAUAUGUCGCUUUGGAGAACUGUGUCGCUUCUCACACGACCUCAGUCGCGGCCGUCCGGAGUGCGAGGCUCAGCAGGCAGACUUGGCCACGGAAAGACCCAGCACAAGCACCAGCAGUAAAACCCUCACCAGCCCAAGUACAAGCCAGCGAAAUUGGGCUAAUGCCCCAGUGUUUGUGCCUAGCCAGAAGCGUAAUCCUGCCUGGGAUGUGAAUGAUACAACUGAAGCUGAUUCAAAUGCAGAUGGGGAAUCGGAAGCGGCAUCGCACGAUGGCUUGUACCAGGCCAACGUAUCGUGGGCGGAAGUGGUGGGCGGUCCGAAGCUGGACUUCACUAUGGCCAAACCGGCCUCACUGGACGAGGUGUGUCCCUAUGAGAGUCCGUGCGCCUGGGGUGAGCAUUGCCCAUACCGCAUCCAUUUGGAGCUGUGCGAAAUGUGCGACCAGUACUGCCUGCACCCGACAGAUCAAGCCCAACGCAAGAAACAUAACCGCGAGUGCCUGCAGCAGCAUGAACAGGCCAUGGAACUAUCCUUCGCUAUUGCCCGUUCCAAGGACAAGACGUGCGGCAUCUGCUUUGACACGAUCAUGGAGAAAUCCGGGCGAGAAAAGCGUUUUGGAAUUUUACCGAAUUGUAAUCACAUCUUCUGCCUGGAAUGUAUUCGCACAUGGCGCCAGGCCAAACAGUUUGAGCAUAAAAUAACGCGAGCUUGUCCUGAAUGUCGCGUGUGCUCAGACUUUGUCUGUCCCAGUGCGUUCUGGGUGGAGACCAAGGAAGAAAAGGAUAAACUGUUCAACGAUUAUCGUGCCGCUUUGGGGGCCAAGGACUGCAAGUAUUUCCAAAAAGGCGAGGGCAAGUGUCCCUUUGGCAACAAAUGUUUCUACAAGCACGCCUUGCCCAACGGAGAUAUUGUGGAUGUGGGUCUGCCCAAGCGUACUCGUAAGCUGCAGAGCCAGAAUGAAAUAAUCGAUUUACUUGAUAUUUAUCUCUGGGACUAUGUAGACAGGCGUGAUUAUCAUUGGCUGGAGAUAUUUUCAAGUGAUGGAAGCGACUAUUCCGAUUUCUCGGAUGACGAAUAAGCUUCUGGAGCAGAAGGAUACAAAAAAAGAAUAAACCCUAAAUCAUAAACAUUUGGAUAUACACUCCCAGAAAAUAAUCAAUAUUCAAACGAUAUAUAAAAAUGAUACUGAACCAAAUAUCGAAUGCGAAAUUAAAAAUGAUGUAUUUGGGUACCAAAUUUAGGUUUACAUAAAUAUUUAUUCUCCACUCAAUGCAACGAAAUUUACAGCAACUUUUCCGUACUUGUAUUAAAUUAAAUUAUAUUUAAUACCAUAACAAGUGGUUACUCUUAAACCUAAUGGAACAUUGAUAUAUCAUUAAAUAUGAAUACACAAUUUUAGAGAUAAACAAAAACAAGCGCGUAAACAGUACAUUUUCAAAAUAGGUGAUAUAAAACGUGUAAACUAUGCCUUUCAGACUGAAUUGUAAAGAUAAAAACACAUACAUUCUUAAAUCGGUUUUCUACUCAUUUUCUGAGGUUUAACAUCUACAAACUAAGAGAAACGCACAUAGCAAGCCACAUAAGCACGUCUUUUUGUAUGAUUGCCGGCGUUCUAAAACGAAUGGUUUAUAAGUAAUCAUAUCUGAGUAAAACUAUUCCCUUCCGCCGAUGAAAUAAAUAAAAUUUUUGUUAUUGUUACGAGUCUUUGUGUUAGAUUAUUACUGUUGCAAGCCUAUAAUUCAGUAUAUCUGUAAUCGUUGUCCACGAGCAUAAUUAUCAUACAGAAGCCACUAAAACUGAUAUUUGUAUAAAAUUUAUUGUAUAUUGAUUUUAAGAUUAUACUUUUGAAAUGUACCUCUAUCAAUGUUUUGUUUUUACUGAUGCAAAUGUAAUGUGUUGUCCAUUAGAAAAAACAACAAUUUAAUAAAUUAAGGGAAUUAUAUAUAUAAACCCAUCAUGUUCAAAAUCGAAAAUCUAAAAAAAAAAAAAAAACAAAACACAAAGUAAUAAUUACUUGAAAAUCUCAAUAAUUACAUUGAAUCGGGUUCAUCGAUUCGGAACCCAUUUAUAUGUGAUUCAUAGUUGACAAACAAAAAAUAUCUUAUGAAUAAUUGGUAAUAAGUAUAAAUAUACAUAGUUCUAAAACAUGCAUAUGAUAUGGUCGUUGAAAUAUGAUAUACAAAUGUACAAUUCAGCUUAACAAAUACAUGCUAUCGCGAGAGCUGCUAACGCAAUGCCUUUGGUUUGAAAUUGUUUGUGUCGACACCGGAUGGUGUUUUCCUUAAGAUAUAACUUUAGUUUUCACGAUAGUUGUUUCAUCGGCCUUACCGUAAUUGUAUAAUGAGUGAACAUAGUUUUAGUUAAAUCUCAUAUCCUUUAUAUAAUUUGAUAUUUCCAAAGUUGCUAAACCCAUCCAGAAGUGAUAUAUUUCGUUAAUUUUUGAACUGGAUUUCAAAUUUUAAUAUUGAACGGAAUAAACCUUGUUGAUCAAAAGACCCUUUGAUGUAACUAAUACGAUAAGCAAAUAUUCGGGUUCGUUAACAAAAUUUUAUUUUCAAAACCGAUUUGUAACAUGAGCCUUGAAUCGAAUACUAAUUGUGCCAUUUUCCAUUUUAAAAUUGUUCAAAACAAAAAAUAACCAAUCUGGCUGAACUUGUAACCUAGAUUAGAAUAAAAAUAAAAAUUGUAACAUUAUGUUGAUAAUAAAGAGCAGGAAUUAAAUAAAUACAAAAAAAAUAAUUCGAAAACGG